CUUCGUCUCCAUUUCUCCACGAAAUUUACUUCCGUUUCAUCGCCAUUUCUCUCGUUCCUUUGAAUUUCAAAAUAAUGGGAAACUACGCUUCUUGCUCCCUAAGCAAGAACUCCUCCUCCUCCUCGCCGUCAGCCAAGGUGAUUCUCCCGGACGGCGAAGUGCAUGAAGUCUACGCGCCGACGAAGGCGGCGGAGAUCAUGAUGGAGAUUCCGAACCACUUCCUCGUCGAUGCCAAGGCUCUCAAGAUCGGCCGCAAGCUCAGCCCCCUCCCGGCCGAUGAGGACCUCGACCUCCGCCGGGGCUGCCGCGUGUACGUCGUUUUUCCGAUGAGGCGGGCCUCGUCGGCGGCUAACUCAUCCGACAUGGCACGGCUGUUCCUCGCCGCGGGGAAAAAACGCAGGCGAGGAGGGUCCGGAGGGGUGAGGGUGUCUCCCGGCGGAGAGGAUGAUGACGUCAGGCUUGUUUUCCCGGCGAGGAAGCUGAGCUUGGAAGACAUAGAGGAGGUCUCGGCGGCGGAGUUCAUGCAUCGGAUGUCAGUGUCUAAGUCUAAGAAGCCGCAGUUAGAGACUAUUGCAGAGGAAUCUGUCUCGUCAACAUGAUUUUUUUUUUUCUGCAGAAGCUCUCUUUUGUGAUUUUAACGCAGAAAGGAGGGGGGAUAUAUCGGUGGGGCUAUAGUUUCUUUGUGAACGCCUAAUGGCAUGAAAUGUAAUUUGUAUAUUGACAGGAAAGUGUUAGAUAUCGUCAUUUGUUUUGGUGAUCAA